AUGCCCGUCUUCAUUGUUGCCCAUGUCUGUCGGUACCCCCUUCUGGGAAGACUAACACCCACCCAUUUGGUUGUUUGCAGUGAGAGAAAGAUCGAUAGUCUCGACUCCCGCCUGGGAACCAUCGAGAAGAUGCUGCACAACUUGACCGUCUCCCUCAACAACCGAGGCCCACCAACAGCAUCCUCGAGUAUCUCUCCUACACUCGAGUCAGCAGCAGCAGCCUCGUCAUCAGCCCCUCGUGAGAAUAGUGCAGAUGCCUUGUUUGGUGCUGACAAAGACAACGAGAGCGAUGACUUCGAGGCUACCGCUUUGAUGAAGGAGCAUACCGCAUUUGCGACUCAAUUCAUCGAAAACACCACAUUUCCAUUCCUCGAUCCAGAGAUGCGGGCGGCAUUCUUGUCCCUGCAGGAGCUUGUCAAACUCCAAAACAUCGAGAAUGCCCGCCAUGAUGCGCGGUUCACCACUGCGAAACCUCUCCCAAAAGGCGGCUGGGCUGAACUGCCUAUGCCGUCUGCUGAUAUAGUUCUCAGUGUCCUGCGCGAGAUCAAACGUUUGUCAAUACGUUAUCCCUCUCCUGAAGGUCUUGUAAGUACUGACUCGAGCACAGAACACCCUCCUAUGGGCUUUCCAGCAAUUGCCACAUUCACCGGCAUCGAGGACUUUCCCGACAACGUUCGCAGGGUCUAUUUUGCGACUGAAGAGUACAGUUUAAUGCAAUGGGGGAUCGUGAAUUUGGGCUUGUACUUCACCCUGCAAGAGAGAGGGGCUGCGUCAGAAGGGGAUCGUCAAGUUCAACUGUUCGAGGCUUCGUUUCUUUGCCGGGAUAACAUCGAAACCGCGCUUACAAAUCUCCCUCUUUUGUUACCGCAGCGCAGAGAGAGUGUCGAGCUUCUAAUAAUGGCUACGAUGUACGCCAUCGAGGAGUCGAAAUACUCGCUCGCCCGAGAUUUCAUCACUAUAGCGGCUAAUAUUUGCCAGACUCUGGGCUAUCACCGAGCCCGUAGUCCGAGCACCACGGAGUCUGAGCAUAAAGCGAUGUUAUUUUGGACAACAUACAUCUUCGAUAGCGCCCUGUCACUGCGAGCUGGACGGCCGACCGCAAUCCAGGACUGGGACAUAACAAUCCCUAGAGAGAUCGGUCCCAAGGUCAAGAACGUAGAUCCACUCUGGAAGAUUGGUCAAGCUCAGUGGAUCAGCUGGAGCGAAGUUAUGGGAAGGACGUACAGAGAGCUCUACAGCCCUGAGGCUCUGGCCCGAACCGCUGAGAAGCGUGCCGAAAACGCGCGCCAGCUGGCUCAAGCACUCCAGGAUGUGGCAGCACGGUCAGCUCCGCUGAUUGAGCAUGUCGUCGAGAAAAUGAAGAUGUCCGGGGGCUAUAAUGCCCAGGCACGCUUCUCAUUCGAUAUAGCAGUCGUCGGUGAUGCUCUGGUUCAAUGGUCAGUUUUGACUCUGAUCUACCGUGCAAUCCCAACUCUACCGGGGUCGCCAAGUACCUUCAACCCAGAGUGCAUCCAUGCAGCACGGGAAGCAUUCUCUAGUCACGAGGGUUGCAUGGCAUUGUGUGGUGAGAGCCUGUUCAUGAAGGCAGGGUAUAUUCAGUGGAAUAUUCUCUAUAUCCCUUUCAUCCCUCUCGUCGUGCUCUUCUGCCACACCAUCGAAACGGCAAACGAAGAAGACCUUGAUAUACUGGUGAGAUUCACCGAGGGCUUGGAACCUGUGGCGCCCGUUUCCUCAGGAGUUACCAAGCUGUAUCGGAUAUCGCAGGUGCUGGUAAACAUUGCCAGUCUGUGGCUCCAAACCAGAAAGCAGGGACAGCAAGAUCAUAACAUGAGUAUGGUUGGAGACAACGUCGAGAUGUACUUGAACCAGUUAGGUUUCAUGCCGCAGCAUUCCCAACAGGACCACACGUAUGGGAUCGGAGGGCCGGCAGGAUUCGGCUAUGAUAUGGACCAGUCUGCUCAGCUGGCGAACUGGUUCUCGGGGAACACGCAUAUUUUUGGCCUGAUGGAGGAAGAUCUGUCGGGGUUCCAAGGUUUCUAG